AUGGCCUCUCUCCCACUCCCUUGCGAAGAACUUCCUUCUCCGGAAUCCGAUAGAUGUGGUUCUCCGUGUCGAUCAGGUCCAAAAAGAAAUCAUCAGUGUCUACCUCUAGAUAUCAUGCGAUUGGUUUUUGAACGCCUUGGCUUUGCCGAUCUCGAACGAGCUAAAUGCGUUUGUUCAUCUUGGCAAUCCGCUUCGAAACAAUCUAAGCCAAACAAUCAAAUCCCUUGGAUGAUUCUAUUCCCCAAGGACAAGAAUUACUGUCUCUUGUUCAAUCCUGAAGAAAAAGACAAGGUUUACAAAACUCAAGAUCUUAGCAACGACUUUGGAAAGAGUUUUUGUGUGGCGACUUACAGAAGCUGGCUAUUAAUGCAACCCCAAAAAGAUAGCAUGGAAGACUGCCAAUAUAAUCUAUAUAUUUUAGAUCUUUUAACUCUUGAAAGAAUCAAUCUACCGACUUUCGAAUCAGAAUAUGGACUCCCCUCUUCGAUAUUAUGGAUAGACGAGAAGACCAAAGAUUACAUAGUUAUAGGAAUGGUUGAUGAAGAAGAUGCGGUUGUUUUCAAGAAAGGAGAUAACUCAUGGAAACAAAUGCCCCAAUUGUCAGGUAUCGAAGGAUGUUUUAACAUGGUAUACAAGAAUCAUAAGCUUUAUUGUCUCAACAAUCUAUCAGGACUUCGCAUGAGACCUCCUGGAACUCUUCCAGAUGAAGUAUCAUUUGCUCACUCUAAGAAUAAUGUGGUAGUCACUGUUGGUGGAGAUAUCUUAAUUGUUACGAGCUUAUGUCAGUAUAUGUCCAAAAUAUGGAAGUUUAGAAUCUACAAGAUGGAUUCGUCAAAGGGGAACAAAUGGGAAGAAAUUUUUUCUUUGGGAGAUGAGGCAAUUCUUUUGGAUUUGGGUAUCACAGUGAUCGCCAAGGAUAUUGAAGGGAUCAAGGGAAAUUCGAUCUACUUCAAGGGCAAUGCUUUUGAAGGUGGAUAUGACGAAAACGAUAUAUUCAUAUUCAAUAUCGAUACAAAAAAGGUUGAACAACCACACCAAUUUGUUUGUUCGUCCGUUCCAUGCUAUGAUGCGCGAUGGUUCUUACCAAGUUUCAAACGAGAAUGA